AAUAACAGAAGAGGGAGAAAUGAGCGAGGAGGAGAACCCCGGCCGGAUCGGGCUAAAAGCCUAAAACCCUAGUCGCACCGCGCCUCUGGGAAAAUGAACUGAAGGAAGAAGAAAACCAGAACACAGGAAUGGCGAACCGGCGUUGCCUCCAAGCCCUGACCCGCCAAGCCACGUCUCUCUCCUCGUCGGUCCGCCACCUCAACACUCCGCCUCUUCUCUCCGCUCCGUUUCCUCUCAAACCGCUCCUCGAUGCUCGGCAGGUGUCGCCCAGUCUCGAGCCGAACCGGUGCGCUCUAUGGCCGCCGCGGGCUCGUCCCUUCUGCUCCAACAGGACGAGCGACGACGAGGACGAGGAUGAGGACGAGGACGAGGACGAGGACGGCGAAGGAGGGGAGGUCAUGGAGGAGAGCGAUUGCGAGACCGGCAAGUCCUCGUCGCGUUCGAAGUGGGAGUACACGGCCGAGGAGAGAGAAGCUGAGGCCGCCGCGAUUGGGUACACAUUGCUCGGCCCUUUGGAGAGGUCGGACCGGGUUUUCAACCCUUACGAGCCGGUUUUCGCCGUCGUUCAGAUUGGUUCGCACCAGUUCAAGGUGAGCAAUGGGGACUGCAUCUUCACGGAGCGGCUCAAGUUCUGCGACAUCAAUGACAAGUUGAUUUUGAACAAAGUUCUGCUGCUCGGCUCACAGACUCAGACAAUUGUUGGGAGACCGACAGUUCCAGAUGCAGCUGUACAUGCAGUCGUUGAGGAGCAUGCAUUAGAUGCAAAAGUAAUUAUAUUUAAGAAAAAGAGGAGGAAGAACUACCGGCGAACAAAAGGACACCGACAGGAACUCACCAAGUUGAGGAUAACUGACAUUCAAGGAAUUGAGAAACCUGAGAAGACAGACAAUGAGAAACCUGUCAAGUCAGCAGUUAAGAAGUCAGAGAAGGUCGCUGUUGCUGCAUAGGAGUUUUUUUUUCCAUGGUCAUCUGCCAAUAAUGGUUCCAAUGCUACUUCUGCAUCAUGAGCACUACUGGACAUGGCGUGUCCACUGUAUUGUCUGAAAGGAUUUGCCUGCCGAGUGCCGAGUGCCGAGCACCUUUUAAGAUGGUAAUACCAUCAUAGCUCCAAUAGGACGUGCUUGGAGUCUCCGGAUUUUUCUGGUGAAUCCUGAUUCCUCCAGAUUGAAUCAGUUUUUCUAGGAUCAUGAGAGCUUUAAUCUUGCUUCUUAUCCAGAUAUGACUGAUGAAUCACAUGUGGCAAGAGAUCUUGUGUUUAGAUCACUGCAAGGCAUCAGGGCAGAGCUUUUCUGUACUCCAUUUAUUGGAUCGAAUGCUUCUUAUGGUUUUGAUUUUUAUGUAUUGCAACAUACCGGGGAUAGUUUUAAUUCAAUCUGCGGCGUUGCCUAGUCAAUAACUCUUUAGAGAGAUGGGCGGUGCUGCUGGUUUUCAUGCUGCAAAAGUAUGCAAGAGAUUGUUGCAAUCAUUUAUGGGUAGAAUUGUUAAUUUCUUGUUCCUUAUGCCAGUUUUAUCUCUGUCGUUAACUUGCUAACUCGUA